CAUGGAAGGGUCUGCUGAAGAAACAUCAAAGGAAGUGUCAGCUCUAUCAUUGGAGCCUGAAGUUCGUAGCAAAAAUGCUCUCAAGAAAGAAUUGAAGAAUAAGCAGAGAGACGAGGAACGAAAGGCCAAGCAGGCUGCUACCAUGUCAAGGCCCCAUGUUCAGAAGCCCCAAGCUGCAGAUGACGAGGACAUGGAUCCAACGCAAUACUUUGAAAAUAGGUUGAAAGCCCUUGCAGCUCAGAAGAGUGCAGGAAUUAAUCCCUAUCCUCACAAAUUCCAUGUUUCAUUGUCGAUCCUUGAGUAUAUAGAGAAGUAUAAAGGCUUAAGUAAUGGGGAGCAUCUGGAGGAUGUUGAAAUAAAUUUGGCUGGGCGAAUCAUGAACAAACGAUCUUCUUCUUCGAAGUUGUUCUUUUAUGAUCUACAUGGUGAUGGUGCCAAAGUCCAAGUUAUGGCUGAUGCAAGGACAUCAGUGUUGGAUGAAGCUGAAUUUUCCAAGUUCCACUCUGGCGUGAAGCGUGGAGAUAUUGUUGGUGUUGUUGGGUAUCCAGGAAAAAGUAAAAGGGGGGAGCUGAGUGUUUUUCCACGCUCAUUCGUGCUGUUGUCGCAUUGUCUCCAUAUGAUGCCCAGGCAAAAAGCUGGUCCUGUUGUAGAAAAUGCCAAUGUGAAGGAUAUAUGGGUCCCAGGAAGUGCCAGGAAUCCUGACACUUACAUUUUAAAGGAUCAGGAAACUCGGUUUCGUCAACGUUACUUGGAUAUAAUGUUGAACUUCGAGGUUCGACAAAUAUUCAAGACCCGAUCGAAGAUCAUUUCAUAUAUCAGAAGCUUUCUUGACAAUCUUGGUUUCUUGGAGGUUGAAACUCCAAUGAUGAAUAUGAUUGCUGGGGGAGCAGCUGCCCGUCCUUUUGUGACCCACCACAAUGAACUGAACAUGAAGCUGUUCAUGCGCAUUGCACCUGAACUUUAUCUCAAGGAGCUAGUUGUUGGUGGACUGGACCGCGUCUAUGAGAUAGGAAAACAAUUCAGGAAUGAGGGAAUUGACUUGACACAUAAUCCUGAGUUCACUACUUGUGAGUUUUAUAUGGCUUUUGCAGACUAUAAUGACUUGAUGGAGCUAACAGAGAAAAUGCUGAGUGCGAUGGUCAAGGAACUUACUGGCGGCUAUACCAUUAAAUAUCAUGCAAAUGGGUUAGAGAAUGACCCAAUUGAAAUCGAUUUCACUCCCCCUUUCAGGAGGGUUGACAUGAUAGAAGAGUUAGAGAAGAUGGCAAAUCUUAGCAUACCCAAGGAUUUUUCAAGCGAUGAAACUAACAGAUAUUUGGCAGAUGCAUGCAUGAAAUUUGAUGUCAAAUGCCCUCCUCCCCAAACAACAACUCGUUUGUUGGAUAAACUUGUGGGGCACUUUCUGGAGGAGACAUGUGUAAACCCUACUUUCAUUAUUAACCAUCCAGAGAUUAUGAGUCCAUUGGCAAAGUGGCAUAGGUCAAAACCAGGCUUGACUGAACGUUUUGAAUUAUUUGUCAACAAGCGUGAAGUUUGCAAUGCAUACACGGAGUUGAAUGAUCCUGUGGUACAACGCCAACGGUUUGCUGACCAACUCAAGGACCGACAAUCAGGUGAUGAUGAAGCAAUGGCUUUGGAUGAAACAUUUUGCACGGCUCUUGAGUAUGGUUUGCCCCCAACUGGUGGUUGGGGACUGGGUAUUGACCGACUAACAAUGAUGAUGACAGAUUCGCAGAACAUCAAGGAAGUUCUACUCUUUCCGGCCAUGAAACCUCAGGAUGAACCUUCUGCUAAAGAACACAUCCAAACAGCUUCUGGCUUGGGUCCAGUAUAGGUUUUCAAUCUGCCAAUAUGCAUGCAAAUCUGCCUACAGAUGGUUUACUACCGUUUUGGUUAUGCAUUUUAAUCUGCCUGCAGAAGGUUUACUUCUGUUUUGGUUAAAUUGUUUCUAAUUUCAUUUCUUUUCAUUUCAUGUACUUUUGUUUUGGCAGUGAGAAACAAACAUAGGAUUGAAAACAUUAAAAUCGUGUCAUGUUUUUGUUAAAUCUGGAUUGAGGGCUGCUGUUGGCUUUUUGUCAGAAUACUAUGAAAGUCAUUUCCAAAUUUUGGUUAUAAACUUACAUAUUGACAACCAUUGUU